AUGGAUUCAUAAAUAGCUACAACUGCAGUUAUUAACAGCAAUGGUUUUAGGAGUGAAAAAAAAAUAAGACUUGGGACUGGACUUGGUUUCCGUAAUCAAUCACAAAUUCAGCGCACUUUUAACAAAAACAUACCCUUAUAAAAUGAAUAAAUUCCAAAUGGGACAUCUAAUUCUGCUAAUACCCAGGCUUAAAAUUAAUAAUAAUUUAAUAUUACCUGCAAUAAUUAUUAUGUGGGCAAUUAAUCUCCAACUAGUAGUGCAUUGCAUCAAUAGUAAAAUUUAGAAUCUCCAUAGACAAAUUAGCUGUCCUCAUCCCAAACACAAAACGGAUUUUUCAGAAGAAAGAUAAACUUAAAGAUGAGCAGCACAAAUCUCAAAGCAUUUUUAAGCAAACAACCUAACGAAAAUCCAAUCAUGAUCAAAAGCUCCAAAAAUCGUAUUGUAAACAACCACCUCAGCUAGGGCUCAAUCUAAACUCAUAGUACAAAUGGAAUAACUUUGAUUUCACCUUAAUAAAUUGGCAAUUUCUUUGGCUCUUAGGUUUCUCUUCCUUGUCCUUCAAUUUCAAACUCUUCCAAUGCGCAAUCCCCACAAACCUAAGCUAAUGCGUUAAAUAAUACAAAUACUAUAAACGCCACAUCAACAUUUUAAACAGCAAUAAAUUCUGUUUAGAAUAACUCUAAUUCUGAUUCAAGAAGAUCAAGCAACCUUCAAGGUGCAGAAUAGAUCACUAAUAAAUAUCCUAUCUCUAAUUUCAAAAAAGGAGACCUUGUUCAAAUCUUCAACAGAGGAAAGCGUGCUUCAUAAAGAUAAUCAAAAAACUCAAGCUUUACAAGACAUGAAUAAAACAAUAAUUUUCAAGAUUAGCCACAAGAAAAGAAAUAAGGUAGUGAAGAUAAGUCAGAUUCCAAUGAAAAUUAAGAUAUAGAAGAUAAAAACGAAGAUGCAAAUCACUAAAAAAAUAACUCUAUGACUAAAAAUACAAUUGCUAAUUAUAGUCAUAACACUGAAAGCACAAAUGCAACUGCUCAAAUCAGUCAUCAUAACUACCCUCUUCACAUGAGCCACCACUACUUCGACUCAGAUAAAAUUAAAAAAAAAUAAAGUCUAACCUCUUCUUAAACUUUCAUCCCCUCUUCUUAAACUCAGCUAAAUACUCCAAAUCUAUAUGUCAAAAAGAAAUUUACUGAAGCUAAAUAAUAUUCUAAUUAAGUCAGACAACAAAUGUUUGAGCAACAGGAUCUCGAAGAAGAAGAAAAUUUCCUAGAACUAUGCGAAACUCUUUAAAAAAUAAAUUAUGAUUGA